GGUGUUGGUGAGCGCGCAUGCGCGCGCGCGAGGUGUGGGGGACACGCAGGGGAAUUCUCGGUGUGUUUGAGGGGAGGGGGCGAGAGCGCGUCACUGGUGUUUGGAUCGAUGGCUGGGAUGAGAGAAACCAAGUUACUUUGCUGUUAGUUCGGCUGAGGCUGCUUUGCUGAUACCGUUGUCGCCAAAACUAGACACUCCCCGUCCGCCCAAACUUCCAGAGGAGUUCUGAUUUAGUUGGGGCACUGAAACAACACUUUUUUUUAAAGAGGAAGCGUGUUGACAAUGUUGGAAUUAAAGCCUUUAUUUGAUAUUGAGAAUGACGUUCUUCCUUGGCUUUUGAACUGCAGACUGACACCACUUAAUGAAAAUGAUGAAUCGACCAGUCCUUCAAGGAAAGAGUUGCAAAUUGUCAACAUUGAAAAGAAUGGCAGUGUCCUGUACACCUGGAAGGGUGCGAAGGGAACCACUUGUAUUGGUAUAUAUGAUCCUGACAACAAGCAAAACAAGCUACUAUAUGUCUUUGACAGAGAAGUGCCUUUGAUUAGUUGCUCUGUCAACAUGGAAAGGACAUUGUUGGCUGUAAGUAUUCUGCAGUUUACUCGAAGAGGUUUACCAAUUGAAACAUUCAGACCAGUAUCCAGGUGUUUGACUUUGCUGAUUGAAAUUCAUCCAGUAAAUAAUACAAGAGUCUUAAAAGCUGUUGACUCUUAUGUCAGAGUUCAGUUUAUCCAUCCUGCUGUAGGUACAAGGGCACUUUCUGAAAAUCACCUGCUGGUUGUUUCAGAGGACAGAUGCAUUGAACAUAUUCACAUAAGUGUGGUUGUCGAAGAAGGUUAUAGAGUGGUUGUUCAGAAUCCUGAUCAACUUCACAAAGAUAUUGUGGCCGAAGAUUUUUUAUGGGCACAGUGGGAUACGCAGGGACAGAGGCUGUUCUAUAUUGUUGAAAAGGAAAACAAAGCAGUUCUGAUGUGCAUCCAGUUUUACCCUGACAGAAAUUAUGAAAUGCUGCUCUCAUUUCCUCUUGGACUCUCUUUAACAGUUACAAAAUUACGCCUUGUAAAUUUCGGAUUCAAUCAUUUUCAAGAGGAAGAGGAAUCAUUGGAAUUGUUGAAUCUACAAGUUUUCACAAAUCAUGCAGGUACCAUGUCAGUGUGUUGCAGCCACCCUGUGCGAAAUAAGCAGGAGUUCACGUAUUCGGUAAUUCUUCUGCAUCACGGUUGGAGAAGAACAUUUGUAGUUUCUUUGGAAGCAUCUGAAUGUGACUGUAUAGGUGAACCAAUCUUCAUUAACAUUGGUUAUUAUAUAGCUGUUUACAUGCCUGGAUACUUUUUACACCUCAUUAAUGUACAGCAUCCUAAUUUGGCUUGUCAUAGCUUAUUUUUGUCAGGGAAAGAUGCCAAAGUGAAGUCCUGGAAUCACCAACGUUACAUGUUGUCAUUGUCUGACUCGGUGCUGGACUGUCAGCUGGGGAAAAUGUAUAAAGCUGACCUCAGCACUCAGUUACUAUUGUUGUUCCUGCGUGACAGUAAACUGGAUUGUCAUCAACUCGCAGCAAUGCAUUGCGCAGUCUUGUAUCUCCAAAGCAAUUCAGAAACAGAAGCACAGAUUAUUCAUUGGAUGUGUGGUUUGCCUGUUUCUGGCUCUUUUGAUCUUAUCCAGGAAUUCAUCCUUGGUACUUUGUACAGGAAAGCAAUCUCAGAAACAAACACCGUGGGCAAACUGCUACCAUACUCAUCCUUAUUCAGCUGGGAUGGGGAAAUUCCUGGAAUAGCCUACCGUACAGAAAAUAUUUCACAACCUGUUUUUAAGGAAAAGAUCCAAAACCUUAAAGGUUUUUGGGAAGAGCUGAACAGGAAUGUGAAAUCUAUGAAGAAUUUAGGAAGUUUACAUUAUCCAUGGCACAAUAAUAGCUCAUUGAGAAGAAUCAAAGCACAGCUAUUUUCAGAAAUGAAAGUGGAUGAAAAGGCGUGCAGGCACUUCAGGAAUAUUUUAGAAAAUGCCAAAAUGAUUCUUUCAAAAGUGGAUACACGUUCCUCAGAACAGCAAGCUGUUCCCUUAUUUCAGGAAGAAGACUGCCAGCAGAUGGCGCUAAUAGGACUGAUGGCUGAGAAACUGAAGGAACAUCUACUGCAAUAUCUUCAUUUUAUAGGAAAGAAGAAGAUUGACCUGAUAGUUAGCAACUACGUUGUGAAUUUGCUUGGAUGCAUCCGGCACAUUGUAGAUAAGAUAUGGAAAAAAUAUGACCUCAAAUCCCGCAUCCUGUGCUUACCCAGUAGAGAGAAAGUAAACCCUGCAGAGUUUGUUGUGUUCCACAUGAUGACUCGUGUUUUGGAAGCUGCUGAAGGACUUUUUCUACCUCUUCCACCAGGUUAUCAUACAAUUCACAUAAUCCUUGGUGUACGAUGCCUUCCUUUACACACCCUGCUGCAUUAUAUUGAUCUUGGAUUGUUGCAUCUAACAGAACGAUUUGUUACUGGGUUACUUGAAGAACUUGGUAAUUCCGAGACAAAUGAAAGUUUCAGGUUUAGCAUUGUGACAAGAAUUCCAGAGACCAUUGGACAGAAGAUCUGUCACCUCUGGGAUCAUCCAAUUAGUUCAUCCUGCAUUGCUAGGAACUACGUGGAAACCCUCCUGAAAAACCGUUGCACUCAACAGAAAUCAAAAAACUUUUCCCUAAGGGAGCAGACUCCAUUUGAGUCUGAAUUUUUGCCACUGACUUACCUAGCAAAAUUCUUAAUGGAAGUGGAAGAUCAAGCCUUAAAUCCUUUUGAAGAACAGGAGAAUAUGGAUGCAAAGUUUGUGGAAGAAGUAGCACUGAAGCAGACAUUAGCUCUUCUUGGUCAUGAAAAUAAAUACAAUAAUAAAGUUUAGAGUUAUGAGGAAACAAAGGGGAAAACUUCAAUACUGGCAAUAACUAUGAAGAGGUGUUAUGAGUUUAAAGCUAUUUGUAAAAUUGGAAAAGUGACCAAGAUAUUGUACAACGUGGUUUGUUAGGACAGUCAGAGGGCAGGUUGCCUCUCAGCCAUGUAGUUAUAGAUUCCACUUAAUUACCUUGUUGAAUUGAACUAAGAUUUUUCAAAUUCUAAGUUGAGCUGCUACAGUACCAUUUAGAGGCAUGAAUUUCAGAUAAUGACUACUUGUUUAAGCCGCCUGCCAGCUUAUUAUGGUGGACAUGGAGGAAUCUGUGGAUGAGCCCAUACUGUGCUCCCAAAUGAAGGGCUCAGUGCAGUGGUAGGAUUUUUUUUAAAAGCCAAAAGUAUUCAUAAAACAAGUGGAGUUUAAGUGCCAUAACAAGUGCAAUUUUAGCUCACCAACCAUAUUGCAAAGCUACAUGUUUUUCUACAUAAAGUUAUGUGAAAUUUGAUUUGAAUGUACAUAAAUACAAAAAUUGUUUUUUUUAAGAUUGCACUAUGCUACAUUUUGAUUUGCGUUGCUUGAAAUUUUUAGAAAGCCAGUAUGUUGCACAUUGUUGUCUUCUUAGCUGAGUUUAAAGUAGCAAUUAUUUGCCUGAUUAUCUCUACUGAAUCAAAUAAAUUUGUACUAUUUAUGAUUUUUUUUCCUGAUUUAAGCUUAUUGUUUGUGUAAUUCAUUCAUCAAAUUAAAUCAUCUAUCAAAAAAUACGUAAAGCUGUUACCAUUGGAUGACACUUCUAACAUAGGAAGAGGGUUAUGUAUUUUCUGAUUAAAUAUACAUCCUUAAUGGCUAACUUUUGAAAUAUUUAGCAAUGGAUGAUGUAGUAUCUGCAGGAUUUGAGACACGAUUCUGUAAGAACGCCUUAUUCUAAUGGCUGAUGUAAUGAUGAGGCAGUGUGUUACUUUGAAAUGUUUUAGUAGCAACAAGAAAACAUUGCAUCUAAUGUGAUAGAAAUACAGCUUCUUGUGAACACAAUCUUGAAUUCAUGUAGUUGAUAUUCGAUUGUCUGUUUCAGUGAACUGUCUAUAACUGCCAUUUUGCAGUGAAUCUGAUCAAUGAGACAAAUUGGCAAUUAACUUCUAAGAUUCAGUCUUCCACAUUUGCUGGAAAUAAUGCAUUGCUCUGGAAGUGAUUUAAAGAACAUACGUUUCCCCAGGAGGUGAACAGUUACAGAAUAAAUACUUCACUAAUGGUGAUGCAUUCUUUCACUUGUAUUCCCAACGCUUGAAUUUUAGAUAUUUCACAUUUGUAAAGGCAAUCUCCCAUGAAACAAAGCUACAUGUUUUUCUACAUAAAGUUAUAUGAAAUUUGAUUUGAACGUACAUAAAUACAGAAAUGGUUUUUUUUUAAGAUUUCACUAUGCUACAUUUUGAUUUGCGUUGCUUGAAAUUUUUAGAAAGCCAGUAUGUUGCACAUUGUUGUCUUUUUAGCUGAGUUUAAAGUAGCAAUUAUUUGCCUGAUUAUCUCUACUGAAUCAAAUAAAUUUGUACUGUUUAUGAUUUUUUUUCCUGAUUUAAGCUUAUUGUUUAUGUAACUCAUUCAUCAAAUUAAAUCAUCUAUCAAAAAAUA